AUGGGUAUUCUUUCUGAUAUGCCAGGUGUGUCGGACACCCGUCCCAUCAUAUCAAUCCUUGAAAAGUACUGCCCGGAUCUUGCGGCGGGCAACACGGUCUGCUGUGACGGGGCGCAGCUCAGAAACUUGGACAAGAGUAUAGGCGUCGCUGUCAACCUCCUCUCACGAUGUCCCACCUGCCUGGACAACUUCCUCAAGCACAUCUGCACUAUGACGUGUUCCCCCAAUCAGAACACUUUUUUGCACGCGAAGAAAUUUGCGCCAUUUAAUGAAACGCAUCAACAGGUGGAUGAGAUAGACUACCACUUGGGAGCUACUUAUAUGAACACAACGUUCACGUCCUGUUCUAGUGUUCAAAUGCCAUCAUCAAACAAACUAGCGUUAGACUUGAUGUGUGGUGAUUAUACAUCUGAAUAUUGUACGCCCCAACACUGGUUCGAUACUAUGGGUGAUGCUGCCACGCCCUACGUGCCAUUUCAAAUUAACUACAUCAGUGGGGAUGAACCAAUUGAUGGAUUUACACCAGCUAACCCACCUACUAAACCGUGCAGUAUUGGAUUAACGGAGGGUCAACCAGGUUGCUCCUGCUUAGAUUGCGCUGCAUCCUGCCCAGCUCCGCCUCCCACGCCCCCACCACCAAGACCUUUCACGAUCGCCGGAGGAGAUGGAUAUGCAGUGUGUAUGGCUAUCGUCUUCGUUAUAUUCACCUCAUUAUUCCUUGGAGGUGUCUAUUGCUGCAAUCCCCAGGAGAAUAUCGUUGAGUCGUGGAGGGCCGGAGACCGCGACGGACCAGAGACAAGCCCGCUACACACGCAUAGAUCUAGCGUGGCAUCCGAAAAUAAUCAAGAUAUGCCCACAAAUCCUGGAGCUGUCGGCUGGUCGAUUGAUCAACCGGACGGAGCUAAUGACGCCACAUUCUUUGAGAGGCUCGGAGCUAAAACUGAGACGAAACUGGAGGACUUUUUCCAAUGGUGGGGAUGUGCUAUGGCCUCGAGGCCGUGGAUUGUUUUGUUGAUGGGUCUAUGUGUGGUAGUUUCUCUGGGUUACGGCAUACGGUUCAUGCAAGUGACCACAGAUCCGGUAGAACUAUGGGCGGCGCCCAACUCCAGAUCGCGUCAAGAGAGGGAAUACUUCGACUCUCACUUUGAGCCGUUUUAUAGGACAGAAAUGCUUAUCAUCACCGCUAAGGGUCUGCCGAAGCCGGAGUACACGGCUGCUGAUGGCACUACUAUAACCUUUGGGUCUGUCUUCAAUUCGACGUUUUUGUUGGAUGUGCUGGAGUUGCAGAAUAGGAUAAUUGCCUUAGGAAACGAGACACGCAUAGAGGACAUAUGCUUUGCCCCACUCUCCUCUCCGUUCAGUGGGCCCGUGACGGCUGACAAGUGUGGUAUCAUGUCUGUGCUCGGAUGGUGGGAUAACGAUGCCAGCAAUAUUGAGGAGAAUCUGGAGGAUAAUGAGUAUCUGUCGCAGGUCAUCACAUGUGCCAACAAUCCCUAUACAUGUCUCGCCCCGUGGGGCGGUCCGGUGUUGCCGGCCGUGGGCUUGGGAGGCUUUUUGGCCCCCCAGGAACAACUCACCAAGAAAUCUCGCUUCCACGAAGCCACUGCCCUUAUUUUAACCAUUCUUGUUAAUAAUAGACACGAUAAGGAGAAGCUGAAACCAGCAAAACAAUGGGAAAAGGAGUUCAUAGCAUUCAUGAAGAACUACACGGAGAAUGAGAUGCCGGCGUACAUGGAUAUUGCGUAUACGUCCGAACGGUCCAUCGAGGACGAACUCGACCGCGAAUCGAGUUCCGACAUUUCGACUAUUCUCGUCUCUUACUUCAUCAUGUUCGCGUAUAUCGCCAUCUCGCUCGGACGGUUCACUACUUGCGCGAGGCUGCUCAUUGACAGUAAAGUCACUUUGGGAUUGGGAGGUGUAUUGAUAGUCCUAGCAUCGGUAGUGUGCUCUAUCGGUAUCUUCGGGUAUUCGGGCGUGGCAGCCACAUUAAUCAUCGUCGAGGUGAUUCCCUUCCUGGUGCUCGCCGUGGGAGUGGACAACAUCUUCAUCCUGGUCCAAACAAACCAGAGAGAGGGAAGGAGACCCAACGAGACCAUUGCUGAACACAUCGGCAGAACUUUGGGUCAAGUGGGUCCCUCGAUGUUCCUCACCUCAAUAUCGGAGUCCGUGUGCUUCUUCCUCGGAGCCCUGAGCGACAUGCCGGCAGUGCGGGCCUUCGCCCUCUACGCGGGUGCAGCUUUGCUGGUGGACUUCUUGCUGCAGGUCACAUGCUUCGUGGCCUUGUUGGCUAUUGACACGAGACGGCAGAAUGCUAAUAGGUAUGACAUCUUCUGUUGCCUGUCGGGCACUAAGACCGAAGUGAGUGAGAACAGCGAAGGCGGCCUCUACAGCCUCUUCAGAGACGUGUACGUUCCUUUCCUCAUGAAGAGGGAAGUUCGGGCCUCCGUUAUGGUUAUAUUCUUCGCCUGGCUUUGCUCGUCGGUUGCGGUCGCCCCCCAUAUAGACAUCGGUUUAGAUCAAGAGCUCUCCAUGCCCCAAGACAGUUUCCAAUUGAAAUACUUCCAAUACCUAACGAAAUACCUGAACAUCGGUCCACCGGUUUAUUUCGUGGUCAUGGAGUCCGAGGCCUUGGAUUAUUCGGAUGUGAAUGCGCAAAACAUGAUCUGUGGCACGAGGUGGUGUCGGCCGGACAGUGUUGCCAACCAAUUGUACUCGGCGUACCGUAUAUCCAACGUGACGUACAUAGCCCAGCCCCCGAACUCUUGGCUGGACGAUUUCUUCGAUUGGGCAGCUUCGCCCAGCACUUGCUGCAAGUACUUCCCGGCCAACGAGAGCUUUUGUCCCAGUUCCUUUGGUAAUCCACCGUGCAACAAAUGCAAUAUGCCCCUGGUGGGGCCAGAGCAGCGUCCGACCCCCGGAGAUUUUGAGCGUUACAUCCCUUACUUCCUCCAGGACAACCCCGAAGCCACCGGCUGCGUCAAGGCAGGUCACGCUGCGUACGGACAGGCCCUCAACUACCACAUGUACAACAAGACACAGGCCAGGGUUGGCGCCACUUACUUCCAGGGCUACCACACUGUACUGAAGACAAGUUCGGACUACUAUUCGGCAUUACGAGCGGCGCGAACUAUCUCUGCCAACCUCACCGAGACACUGAAUAAGAACUUACAGGAAAUGGGCAAGAACAAGACGGUGAACGUGUUCCCGUACUCCGUGUUUUACGUCUUCUACGAGCAAUACCUGACGAUGUGGCCGGACACGCUUAAGUCCAUGGGGAUCUCUGUUCUCUCCAUCUUCAUCGUCACCUUCGUGCUCAUGGGCUUCGAUCUCUUUUCUGCUCUGGUCGUGGUGGUGACGAUCACCAUGAUUGUGGUGAACCUGGGAGGACUCAUGUACUGGUGGGGAAUCAGUCUUAACGCUGUGUCGCUCGUCAACUUGGUAAUGGCGGUGGGCAUAGCCGUGGAGUUCUGCUCCCACCUGGUGCACAGCUUCAGCGUGUCUCCGGGCGACAGUCGCGUGGCCAGGGCCUCCGCGGCCCUUACCAGGAUGGGCAGCUCCGUCCUCUCGGGCAUCACGCUCACCAAGUUCGGAGGCAUCAUCGUGUUGGGCACGGCCAAGAGUCAGAUCUUCCAGGUGUUCUACUUCCGGAUGUACCUCGGAAUCGUGUUAUUCGGAGCUGCCCACGGCCUCAUCUUCCUGCCCGUCAUGCUUAGCUAUAUCGGUUCGCCCGUGAACAGACAGAAGAUAGCCAAUCAGAUGCUGCGAGGCAAGGAGCUGGGCGUGGCCGAGACCUCGCUCACUCGAGUAAGCCCUUACAGGCAAUAUCACUUUGACGCGCUUCCCGCUUAA